AUGUCUGGCAAUAACUGCACUGCUGUGACUGAAUUCAUUCUUUUGGGGUUGGCAGAUGAUUCAACCUUUUGUGUCAUCCUCUUUGUGAUAUUUCUGGGUGUCUAUGCUGUCACCUUAGUUGGUAACCUUAGCAUAAUCACAUUGAUCAGAAAUAGCUCCCAACUUGGCACCCCAAUGUACCUUUUCCUUAGUCACUUGGCUUUUGUAGACACUGCAUAUUCCUCAUCUGUCACACCUGUUAUGCUCAAGAACUUCCUUGUGGACAAAACAACAAUCUCCCUUGGAGGCUGUGUGGCCCAGAUGUUCUGUGGAGCCACCUUUGGGACAGCUGAGUGCUUUCUGCUGGCUGUGAUGGCCUAUGAUCGGUAUGUGGCCAUCUGUAGCCCUCUGUUCUACUCCACUAACAUGUCUGCUAGGGUCUGCACUGUGUUACUCAUCACAUCCUACCUGGGUAGUUGCAUGAAUGCUUGGAUCUUCACUGGUUGCUUAUUGAAUCGGUCUUUCUGUGGAUCCAACAAAAUCAACCAUUUUUUCUGUGAUUAUUCACCACUUUUGAAGCUUUCCUAUUCCCAAGAUGAUGUUGCUGAAAUUCUUCCUUCUGCAUCUACUGGGUCAGUAAUUAUGGUCACAGUGCUAAUUAUCAUAGUCUCUUAUGUAUAUAUCCUCUUCUCUGUCCUGAAGAUAAGGUCCACUGAGGGGAGAUCCAAAGCUUUCUCAACUUGCACCUCCCACCUCACUGCAGUCACUCUCUUCUAUGGCACCCUUACAUUCAUUUAUGUGAUGCCUAAGUCCAGCUAUUCCACUGAUAUGAAUAAAGUCAUGUCUGUUUUCUACAUCGUAAUGAUCCCCAUGUUGAACCCAUUGAUCUACAGUCUAAGGAACAAUGAAGUAAAAGGGGCACUGAGAAAACUAAUGAGUAAAAACCACUUUUUUUCAUGA